AUGAUUGAUUACGGAAAUGCGUGCCUCUGUUGUGGAAACAGUGCUAUUAUCUCUGCUAUCUGGGAUACCUGUCCUGAAACGAAACCCUCUCUACCGAGUGCAGAUGAAUGGUUCAACUCUGUUCUCAUUCCCGGCGACUGGGAUGAGUGUGGACCAUACCUCAAGGCGUAUGAUUGUGCCAGUGAUCUCGGCUAUGUUCGUGCCGAUGCCGGUGCGAACACCAAAUUCUACCAUCCUAGCAGCAUGCCGAGCAAUGGCACGAAAACCGCCUCGAAUGUGGGCGGUGUUAUCUCCGCCCCGGUCAGUGGUAAUACUUUCAGUUGGACCUUUGGUCAAACUACCAACUCGGUGUUGCAUGUUGUGACUGUGUCCUCAGCAGAUGCUACUGCUACCGGUACAAAGGCUAGUGCUGGGAGCGAUGCUACUGCAACAAGUAGUGCGACUGAUACGGCAGAGAGUGAGGGAGAGGGAGAGGGAGGUAGUGACGCAGAAAGUGAUGCCAAGCCUGGAAUGGGCUCUUCUUUGAUCAUUCCCUCUUGGAUUAUCGCUGGAAGUGCUGGUGUCUUCAUGUUAUUGACUUUAUGA